CCCUCCACAGAGUUUGGCGCUGACUCUGCUGUACCCGAGCCAAUGGAAAGCCCUUCAGACUGGAUGUUAGAGGCUGCAGUCGACUCAUUUUUUCCAACAGCUUCAGGCUCCAGAGGAGCAACACACACACAGACACACACGUCGGCUGUUGUUUCCCUAAAGGCAGUUUGGAGAUGCUCUGGAGGAUGGUUAGCAGGACCUGGCUCUGCUUCCUCCUGCUGGGUAUCUGCUCCCAAACAGAGAAUGUCAGAUCGGACGUUCCACUUGAACAAGAAUCAGGGGAAUCUGUGUUUGAGGACUGGGAAGAAGGAUCUGGAUCUUCUCUGCUGCAUCUCUUCAACAACUUCCCUGCUGACAGCUCCUUCAUUAAAGAAAGCCCAGUCAAUUGCACCCAGCGGUUCUGGUUACCACCAUCGUCUCCAGUGUGCUGGGAAAACAUAGCAGAUCCUGAGGAGUUUGCAAAGUCCCGUCUGCUUGUCCUGCAGAACAGGGCAGCGCUGCAGGCUGUGUCUGACCAGAGCGGGGUGGAGGAAACGAGGAUAUCCUACAACCAGCAAGCCAGAGAGGAGGUCCAGGGCAUCCUGUCAGACCAUCAGAAGGUGACGGAGACGGUGCAAACCAUGGAGACUGUGUUUUUCUCUCUGCAGGAGAAAAGAAGAGAGGGGAAGGAGCAGAGUUUUCUUUCUAGCAUAAAGGACCGUCUGGCCAACACGAAGGACGCCAUACAUGGAAAAGAGGUCAUGGCAAACAACCUGGAGAGCCAGUUUUCUACUUUAGAGAAAACUCUACUCAAUAUACACCACCGACUCAGCAAACUUAUAGGAAAAUGACAACAAUGGAAACCUCCUCUGAACGCCUCGGGUAUAAGAAGUUGCAUGCACAACUAGUUUUGAUGUCUACAAAAGAAGAACAGUGAAUAAAAGGGGUGAUAACAUGGACACAUGUGGCUGUUACUGGUUAUGAUUACAAAUGAUCCAUAUGGCAUUUUACAGGCACAUAAAACAGCUUGUUAAACUCUGAAGUCCUUGUGAAGUUUGCGGCAGACUUUGACUUUUCAAGCAUCAGGACAGUUUUCCUCUGUCUACAGACAAAUUCCAGGACAGCAUUUUUAAUUCAAACACUAAACAGAAUAAGGCAUUCAGAUCUGGAAACAUUUAAAACAUUUCCAAUCUAUUCAAUUACAGACUGUGUUGAGAU